AGUCUCGCAGUCAGCAAUCGUCGUCCCAAGUUAAAAGAAAGGGAGAACCUGUUGCGCGUCACUUCCUUUCCGAAGCCGUUUAAUAAUCACGUCAUCAGCAACCUAGACGAAACAGGCGAGCGCAGUGGGGCAAAUGGGGAGGAUCGCUCCGUCGAUCGUUGAAGGGGGUCCACGAGGGCAAGCGGGGGACACCGAAGGAGCAACAGUUGCCAUGGAGGCUGCGAACGGCAAGCGGGAGGAGGCUGCGCUUGUGGGGCCCAUGGCGCGAGCCUAUCGGACCCUACUCGAAGGAGUCGGAGAGAAUCCGGAGAGGCAGGGACUCCGAAAGACCCCGGAAAGAGCAGCGAAAGCGCUUCUUUUCUUCACAUCUGGUUACGGACAAACGUUAAGUGAUGUGGUCAAAGAUGCCAUCUUCUUCGAGGACCACGACGAAAUGGUCAUCGUCAAGGACAUUGAAAUGUUUUCACUCUGCGAGCAUCACCUGGUGCCGUUUAUAGGCAAGGUUGCUAUCGGAUACCUUCCCCAAAAGAAGGUACUGGGACUAAGUAAACUAGCUAGAAUUGUAGAGGUCUACAGCAGGCGCCUCCAAGUUCAGGAGCGGCUUACUAAGCAGAUCGCUACUGCCAUCACAGAGGCCAUAGAUCCCACAGGAGUAGGCGUAGUCAUCCAGGCCACUCACAUGUGCAUGGUGAUGAGAGGUGUGCAGAAGGUGUCGAGCAAGACCAUAACCAGCACCAUGCUCGGUGUCUUCCGCGAGGACCCGAAGACAAGGGAGGAAUUUCUCAAGCUGGUACUCAAUGACGACUGACAUCAUCGCCGAGCCCCUGCAUAUAUACAGCUAUUACCCCAGCAAACAAGAUAUUCUAGCCUUUGAGUGCGCGUGGUAUAGGCAGCUGCCGAACAGGACAGAGCUUCAAACCAUACCGACGCAGAUCCGUUCUGCACUGACUCUGUAGCAGCUUUGUACUUAUACUACUCGUGAACCAUAUAGGGUCCGCAAUGUCGGCAAAUAAAAUUCUGAUUGUGGAUUACGGAAAA